AAGGAGAGGAGGAGGAAUUGGGGUCAGCAGGGGGACGGUCAUCACGCCAUCAUCCAUUCCUUGCCUCAGAAUUUGUAGCACCUGAUUCAGAGAGGCGGUAUAGAACGUUAGUAUCGCUUGGCCUCGAUAGUCUAAGCUUCUUACCUAGUGUCGGGAACGUUGGUUCUGCAGGUGACCUUUUCGAGAAGCCGUUGUGAAAUGUGGUGCGAAAACUAAAUUUAGGGACCUAUGGUAGUUUCCUCUUCAAUCUGAAUUCUGACAUCUAAUGUUGUGGCUGCUUAGAUUAUUUCACUAAUUCCUCCUACUUACUCACGACUGGCCGCUUGGUUUCGUUUAGUUUAUCAUUCGCUAAGCCCGCUGUUUAAGCCGUUCACACGCAGAAAUGGACGAACGGGAGUUCUUCACAGAGUACGGAGAAGCUAGCAAGUACCGUCUACUAGAAGUGAUAGGCCGAGGCAGCUAUGGUAUCGUUUGUUCAGCCAUAGAUACUCACACAGGAGAGAAGGUCGCGAUUAAGAAGAUCAAUGACAUAUUCGAGCACGUGUCAGAUGCGACGCGGAUUCUUCGCGAAAUCAAGCUGCUUAGGUUGCUCCGACACCCCGAUAUUGUGGAGAUCAAGCAUAUCAUGCUUCCUCCGUCCAGGCGAGACUUCAAGGACAUCUAUGUCGUCUUCGAGCUGAUGGAAUCUGACCUCCAUCAAGUGAUUAAGGCGAACGAUGACCUAACACCUGAGCACUUCCAGUUCUUCCUUUACCAGCUGCUGAGAGCUCUGAAGUACAUUCACACAGCGAACGUUUUUCAUCGAGACUUGAAGCCCAAGAACAUCCUGGCAAACGCUGACUGUAAACUAAAGAUCUGCGACUUCGGCUUGGCCAGGGUUGCUUUCAGCGAUGCACCGACGGCCAUUUUCUGGACGGAUUACGUGGCCACGAGAUGGUACCGAGCGCCUGAGCUUUGUGGCUCUUUCUUCUCCAAGUACACUCCCGCCAUUGACAUAUGGAGCAUAGGCUGCAUCUUCGCUGAGCUUCUUACUGGGAAACCGUUGUUUCCCGGAAAGAACGUGGUUCACCAACUCGAGCUUAUGACGGACCUUCUGGGAACGCCUUCGCCAGAGUCGAUCGCCAAGGUUCGGAACGAGAAGGCACGGAGAUACCUUGGGAGCAUGCGGAAGAAGCUACCAAUGCCAUUGUCGGCGAAGUGCCCGAAUGCAGACCCGCUUGCUGUGAAGCUCAUGGAGAAGAUGCUCGCAUUCGACCCAACCCACAGGCCCACUGCAGAAGAGGCUCUUGCCGACCCUUACUUCAAGGGCCUGGCCAAGGUGGAGAGAGAACCUGCGGCUCAACCCAUCACGAAGGUCGAAUUUGAGUUCGAGAGGCGGAGACUGAACAUGGACGACGUCAGAGAGCUCAUCUACCGCGAGAUUCUGGAGUAUCAUCCUCAGAUGCUGAAAGACUUUCUCAACGGGACGGACCCUGGAAACUUUCUUUAUCCAAGUGCUGUCGACCAGUUCCGACGUCAGUUCCACACCCUAGAAGAGCAUUAUGGGAAGGGUGGUGAUGCACCGUCACUGGAGCGCCAGCAUGCCUCCCUCCCUAGGGAACGUGUCCCGGGCGAGAGGAAUGAGUCCCGAGAUGAAGCUCAGCUGGAAGAGGAGAGGAGACGAAGAGCAGCAAGGCAGCAAAGGGCAUGGGCACAAUCAGGAUACAAGGCGGGAACAGGCCAGCCUGCAGCGCGUCCCGGCAGGGUAGUGGGGUCCAGCGGGGGAGUGAACGGCGCACAGAGAGACGAUGUCCGGCGGUACGCUCGCACAGCAGCAUUGAGUGCCCAGUCUCCAUUCCACAUCGGCAGCCAACUAGAAGACUCCACACGGAAACCAGCAAGACAGGAGGCAGGAGCUCGAUAAAUGGUGUAAUAGUCUUCCUAUCAUCUAGUUCGCAUGUGAUUCGUCCAGUUUCUUGGUUUUUUACAGCCAUUCUGCAGUGCCUCGCAAAGGGUUUACUUCGCAUUGCCAGCAUAAUGUGCUAUCGGCUCAUGGCAGAGCUUCUGUAAUGGGACCCUAUGCAGGUGUCUCUCAGCUCAGACUUAUACGCACAUGUAGUUCCUUCCAGCCAACCCUGGUACUUGUGUAUUGACUUCAUCGCGAGUUGGCUGAUUCCAGCUCCGAACACCAUAGCAAUUGCAAGGGAAUA